AUGAAGGGCAAAGACUUAUCUGACGCGCGCAUCCUGAGAACGCCAGACGGCAUCAAGACGCAUCUGAUAUUCCUCAACAACCUCAAGUGCGCAUCGGACGAGGCAGAACCUACCGAGACGCACAGGAUGAUCAAGCGAAUGCACGACAGAGGGGCUCUGGCAAGGAUAUACACGCAGAACAAUGAUGCACGAGAUCGUGCAGAACAGAGCAAGAGGAGAGCAGGCAUGCUAGGCAGCGUACGACCAGCAAUCACGCUGCAUGGCGGGAGCAGCAUCUCUCCAGACUGGGACCGUUCUAUUGGCGAGAUGGCUGCUUUUGAUCGAUCACAGCGCCCAGAUAUGAUACCUGUCAUGGGCACCAGCCUCAAAGUUCAUGGCUUCAGGGUUUUGCUGCGUGAUUUUGCACAAGGCGUUGGCAACGUCCUCGUCAAUAGGAUUGAUGUUGCGACAGGCGACUGGGCAGAGAUCUUCGAUCACGUCAUGUUAGGUGCUUCUGACGAUUUUGCUCGCCAGCUACAAUUGCUCGAGCCGAUAAAGACCAGUGCGACGGUAGAGAAUGCGAGUCUUCUGUCAGUGACAGCCCGAGCUGUCAUUGAUCUUACCCUCGACGAUUGA